GAUUCGCCAAGUGUUACGAGAUGACAGAUUUGACAACAAAUAAAGUUUAUGCUGCAAAAAUCAUUCCUCACACCAGAGUAGCAAAACCUCAUCAAAGGGAAAAGAUUGAUAAAGAGAUUGAGUUGCACAGAAUGCUUAAUCAUAGGCAUGUUGUGCAGUUUUAUCACUACUUCGAAGACAGAGAGAAUAUUUACAUUCUUCUGGAGUACUGCAGUAGAAGGUCGAUGGCUCACAUCUUAAAAGCGAGGAAGGUAUUGACAGAACCAGAAGUACGAUACUACCUCAGGCAAAUUGUGUCAGGGCUAAAGUAUCUCCAUGAUCAGGAAAUCUUGCACAGAGAUCUUAAACUAGGUAACUUCUUCAUUAAUGAGAACAUGGAACUGAAACUGGGUGACUUUGGCUUGGCAGCUAGGCUGGAACCACUGGAGCACAGGAGGAGAACAAUAUGCGGCACACCAAAUUACCUCUCUCCAGAAGUCCUCAACAAACAAGGGCAUAGCUGUGAAUCUGACAUCUGGGCCUUAGGCUGUGUAAUGUAUACAAUGCUGUUGGGAAGACCCCCAUUUGAGACCACAAAUCUGAAAGAAACAUACAGAUGUAUAAGGGAAGCAAGAUACAGCCUGCCUUCAUCUCUUCUGGCACCUGCGAAACACUUAAUAGCUAGCAUGUUGUCAAAAAAUCCUGAAGAUCGGCCCAGUUUAGAUGAAAUAAUUCGACAUGAAUUUUUCUUACAGGGCUUUACACCUGAUAGACUCUCUGCUAGCUGUUGUCACACUGUUCCUGAUUUCCAUUUGUCAAGUCCUGCUAAAAAUUUCUUCAAAAAAGCAGCUGCUGCUCUUUUUGGUGGUAAAAAGGAUAAAGCCAGAUACUUCGACACACAGAACAAACUAGCUAAAGAGGAAGAAGAAAUCUACAAACUCAGACAUGAUUUGAAGAAGACAUCGAUAACCCAGCAGCCCCACAAUCACAGAACAGAUGAGGAGAUGCAGCCUCUUAUCACAACAGUAGCGAAGCCGGGAGCACUGCCAGAAACAAAGCAGAAUGGAGACUCCAUUCGGAUGAUAGUUAGAGGAACUUUGGGAAGCUGCAGCAAUAGUAGUGAAUGCUUGGAAGACAGUACCAUGGGAAGUGUUGCUGAUACAGUCGCAAGGGUAUUGCGAGGAUGCCUGGAGAACAUGCCAGAAGCAGACAGCAUUCCCAAAGAACAGCUGACAGCAUCCUUCCAGUGGGUUACAAAAUGGGUAGACUAUUCCAACAAGUACGGCUUUGGGUACCAGCUGUCAGAUCACACCGUUGGUGUCCUUUUCAACAACGGAGUGCAUAUGAGCCUUCUGCCAGACAAAAAGACAGUCCACUACUAUGCUGAGCUUGGCCAGUGCUCGGUCUUUGCUGCCACAGAGGCUCCUGAACAGUUCAUUAGCCAAGUAACUGUACUGAAGUAUUUUUCUCACUACAUGGAGGAGAACCUCAUGGAUGGAGGAGAUUUGCCCAGCGUAACAGACGUACGCAGGCCCAGACUUUACCUCUUACAGUGGCUUAAAUCUGAUAAAGCAUUAAUGAUGCUCUUCAAUGAUGGCACAUUUCAAGUGAACUUCUAUCAUGAUCAUACGAAAAUCAUAAUUUGCAAUCAGAAUGAGGAGUAUCUCCUUACCUACAUCAAUGAAGAGAGGGUAUCCACAACAUUUUGUCUGACAACUCUUCUGGUUUCUGGAUGCUCAUUGGAACUAAAACACAGAAUGGAAUAUGCUCUGAACAUGCUGCUGCAGCGAUAUAACUGAAAGGACUGACUUUUAAACCAAAAGGACUCUUGUUCACUGUGAUGUCUACAGUGGAGAUGGUGGAGCAACUAGUAUGUUGAUGAUGGAUUAGAUGUGUGGUGGUACGAAAACUUGGCUGGCCCAGUGUGCUGGGCACAUCUGUUAGACAGAAGCCUGAACCUACUGUUGGACUAAAAUGGUGUGACAAGGAGUUCUUCAGACCAUAGUUUUCCUUGCUUCAUGUGUGUGUUAAAAAUAUUUUUGACUU